AUGUUUCAGAGAUUCACCUUCUUUCUAACAACUCUUCUCAUUUCAUGUUCUCUCCUCGUUAGCCUUUCCUAUGCACUCAAGGAAGGAGAAACAUGCAUCGUAAACAAGAAUUGUGAUCAGGGAUUACACUGCGAGUCUUGUCUCGCAAGCGAUAAUUUCCGACCUAGAUGCUCCCGAAUGCAACCCAUUAACCCCACCACCAAGGUAAAAGGGUUGCCUUACAACAAAUACUCAUGGUUGACAACACAUAAUUCAUUUGCUCGAAUUGGUGCAAAAUCAGGCACAGGAUCAAUGAUUCUUGCUCCUUCCAACCAACAAGAUUCAAUUACAAGCCAACUCAUUAAUGGUGUGAGAGGGUUUAUGCUAGACAUGUACGACUUCCAAAACGAUAUUUGGCUUUGCCAUUCUUACGGCGGAAAUUGCUUCAAUUACACGGCAUUCCAACCCGCGGUUAACAUUUUAAAGGAAUUUCAAGUGUUUCUAGACAAGAACAAGGAUGUGGUUGUGACACUUAUCCUCGAGGACUAUGUGAAAUCCCCUAAUGGUUUAACCAAAGUGUUUGAUGCAUCCGGAUUACGAAAUUUCAUGUUUCCGGUCACAAGAAUGCCUAAGAACGGAGAGGAUUGGCCUACUCUCGAUGAUAUGACAAGUCAGAACCAACGGUUGCUAGUUUUCACGUCAAGUCCUCAUAAAGAAGCUUCAGAAGGAAUCGCGUUUCUAUGGAGAUACAUGGUAGAAAAUCAAUAUGGAACUGGAGGGAUGAAAGCUGGAAUGUGUACCAAUAGACCAGAAUCAGCUGCUAUGGUGGAUAAAUCAAGAUCACUUGUUCUAGUGAACUAUUUCCCGGAUACUGCGGAUGUGAUCGGAUCCUGUAAACAGAACUCGGCUCCUCUUCUUGAAACCAUCAUGAAAUGUCAAGAAGCCUCGGGACGUUGGCCUAACUUCAUUGCAGUCGAUUUCUACAAGAGAAGCGAUGGUGGAGGAGCUCCGAAAGCAGUGGAUGUUGCAAAUGGUCACUCAGUAUGUGGUUGCGAUGAUAUAUCGGCUUGUAAGGAGAACAUGCCGAGUGGGACGUGUGAGAAGCAAGAAGAGCCGAAACAGGAAUCGAAAUUCAUGAUGAUUGCGAAACUAACCGCGGAAGCUACCAAAAGCUAUGGUCAUCCAUCUACCAAACCGACCCAACUUGGGCUUUCUGUGUUUGUUGUAACCUUUGUCUCACUUCUCUCAAAAUUUUGA